CGUCGUCUCUGCCCAGCGGCCGCGUCUCGGAUGGCCGCGGAGCCUUCCGGCCCGGCUGAAGAGGAGGCGGCCGACGAGCCUGACGAGGAGCCUGACGUGGAGGAAGCGGAGGUCCCAGAAGCCGAGGCCGAGGGAGCUCCGCACCUCUUCGCCUGGGCGCUGGCGAGGUGGCCGGCCAUGGGCUCCCACCAGCGCGCCAAGAGCUACGCGCGGAGCGGCCGGCUGCGGGUGAACGGCCAGGAGGUGGCGGAUUUCCAUCGGCUGCACGCGGGUGACGUGGUGACUUGGCGCCGGAGUGCGGAAGUGCUGGCGCUGGGCCGGACCUUUCUGCGGCGCUACCAGGUGGAGGAGCAGCACGCGGGCUUGCGCUUGGAGGCGGUGUGCAAACUCGCAUUCCAGGACCUGCUGCCUUCCCGGCGCAGUUUGCGCGCGGCGGUGAAGCAGCAGGCGGUGCUGGUGGACGGCUCUCCGGUGGAGCACACGCGGAUCCUGCACGCGGGCGCGCAGGUGCAGCUGCGCCUGCCGGCGGUGGAAGCCCUAAGGGCUCUCUGCCCCAGGUGCUGCUGGCCGCGUGUGGUCUACGAGGACAACUUCCUGGCGGUGGUGUGGAAGGAGCCGCAGGUGAAGUCCACGGGCGGCUGGCAGAGCGUGGAGAACGGCGCCCGCUUGGUCUGCGAGGCGUCCAAGGCGCCCGACGCCUUGGAAGAGCGCCUCAAGGCGGUGCAUCGCUUGGACAAGCCGGUGGCUGGGCUCAUGCUCAUGGCGAAGACGCGGAGCUGCCACCAGGAGCUGACUGCGCGGCUCCGGGAGCGGCGAGGCAUCACGAAGACAUACCGAGCUGUGGUGCAGGGGCACCCCACGGCCACGAAGACGGAGGAGGGCUGGUUCCAGGUGGAGCUGCCCAUUGAGGGCCGGCCUUGCCUCACACUCUUCAGGAGCCUGGAGCGAUACCCAGACUGCUCGGUGCUGGAGCUGCGGCCGGUCACGGGCAGACGGCACCAGCUCCGGGUGCACAUGGCCGCCCUUGGCUGCCCCAUGCUUGGGGACUGCGAGCACGGGGGGAGGAAGGGCUUCCCGCUGCUGCUGGUGUCUUUGGCGCUGAGUUUCCAGCACCCGGCGACCUCCGCGCACCUCGAGUUCCAGGAAGAGGAGCCGGAGAAUUUCCAGCGCUGGCGAGCCAGCCGAUGAGCCGGAUGAGCCGCAUUCGAGGACUCGCCGGGCUGCCCCCCGGCUGACGGCUGGCGACGGAACGAAGGUCUCCUCCAGCACAUCCGCGAGAGACG